AUGGCAGAAGACGACGAGGUUGGACUGCCCCAGAAGGGCCUAAAUAUGAUCAUAAAGGACGUUCUCCCCGAGGUUCGUAUUGCUAAUGAAUCGAGAGAACUACUGAAUGCUUGUUGUGUGGAGUUUGUGAAACAUGUCGCGAGAGAAGCGCAGAGAAUCUCAUCAGAUGACCAAAGAAAGACUAUUUAUCACGAACACGUGCAAAAAGGUAAGUUUUAGAUCGGUAAUUUUACUAAUCAGAAAAUAAUAUGAUGAUGCAUUUUUACAACGGAUGAGCAGAUCCUCCGCCUAUUGGCUAACCUUUGUUUCCCCGCUCUAAUUGGCAUUUCCUGGCCCCAACAGAGUCAAAGAUUUCCCAAAUUUGAAAAGGGUUUUGUGAGUACGAAAUGUCCUAGCCGUCUUCCGAUCUGCGUGCACAAGCCCUGAGGGUUCGUUCCUUGAAGGCUAUCCUCUUUAAAGGAAGUGGGAAAAAUAUGUUUGGUGGCUGGUUAAUAUAACCCUAGCCCGUCAUCUGGUUGACCUGUGUAACCGAAAUCCUAUAAAAGCCUGGACGACCAACUUUUCGAGGUUUUAUAGAGUGGUUCCGGUGGGACGGACUAGAAACUGGGCACAUGGACAAGUCGGGGUCACAUUAUCAUAAUGUAUGCAAAUGUUUGAAUGGUUUUAUAUGAGCCGCGUUAAGGCAAAAGACCAAGAAAAUGGGCAGGAAUGCGCGUUUCCUUUAUUUGUUAGGCCUGACGUGCGGACUAACUAAUGUCCCGGACUGCCGCGGAUCUCUGGGAACUAAUGUCGACCGGGCGCGACGGCUAGUGUCUAACAGGGUAAUUGCCAUACUAUCAACGAACGCGAAUCGUUGAUGACGGGAUCGUUUUGCGAGGGACCUAGAUUAGCAGCGAUUGGCUGCUUUCUUCGCCCGUCCCUUGUUUCCGAAUUUCCUUGGUAGUGUUUUAACCCGUUUCUUUUCAGCCCUCCAAAAUCUGGGAUUCCCGGCCGACUACAUUGAAGCUGCAGACUCUGUCCUAGACGAGUGUAAGAUCGCUGCCGAGAAAAGAUUGAAACGGAAAAACUCCAGGCUAGACAAGUGCGGAAUCCCCGAGGAGCAGCUCUAUCUUCUUCAACAGGAACUUAUUGCCAAGGUAAGUUUUUUUAAUAUAUAACAUUUCUUCUGAUAUUAUAUUAAUCUCUAAUGUUCGUAAAUCUCUGGGCUGAAGAAAAAGAGAGAGUUAGAGUUUUAUAAGCUAAAACUAAGAAUCCCCCGACCUUACUUUGUUCAUAAUAUUUGGUGGGGAGAGAAGUAAUCACAAGAUGUAAACGGCAGACCGUUUAGACAAAUUCGUAGGAAGUGGAGAUGAAUGAACUUUAGAACGUGUAUAAUAAUAUAAAUGCACUUAAGACGGAGCCAAUUGUCACAACUUGCACAUGUCACUUGAUUGAGACGACAACCGCAAAAAAGAAGCAAUUAUGAGAUUUGUUAAGUCAAGAGUUAUGUGUCAAGGAAGUAAACAACGGGACCAGGAAACCCACGACUUUUAUGUUUAUAUAGCAUUGAGAUUUUGGGUUAACCUUUCAUGAGUUUUACCACGUUUUAUAUUCCUAAAUAUAUGGUAAAAGUACCAAAAUCCGACCUAAUGACAGAAAAGCCGACUCAUAUUACUUGUUGCGGGAGAGGACCCUAGAUAAAUGUUAAUGGCGUCACUUUACAUAAUGACCAAAGAGCGUAAUAAUAAAAUCGGGACCACUUACUCCAUGUGCGAUGUCGAUGGAAGUCAAUCAGAUUACUCAUUUUCCUGUAGGCACGGCGUGACGGACCCUGGGCUGAAACUAGCGAAGACGUAUAAGGGAACUCGAACGCGCUCGGUUAAAUCUUGUUUUCGGCCGGCUAUUGUGUCGAUGACAGGGAUUUGGGGGAUUCUUCCCCCAUCCCGAAAACAGGUCGUUUCUUCUUGCAAUUGACAGCCCUCGUCUCUUCCGCCCGCUAAUCUGUCUAACCUGACCAGUGCCCAAAUCGGGGGGCCUAAACCUCUUGGUCCAAAAGGGGAAACACAUGUUUUAAAGGGGCCAGACGAGUGCCAAACUCGGCCGUGGCCGGAUUUGGAUUUGAAUUUUUGUGACGCGGCGUCAAAGAAUGGGCCACCAAUUGCUUAAUCUGGACCCUGUUAUGGGAACUUUUAUCUUUACUCGGUUGGCAUAAGCGCAAGUCAUUUCCCGCUCGGCCCUGGCUGGCCCUUGGCCUAAACUCCCUAAGGUCUCAGUUUUCCGCUUCAUCGCCUCCGCAACAGUCUCAAGUGCCCGCCUCACUGCGGUUCGUUCCAUAAGUCAUGUCAAUCUUAUAAUUUGUCUAAGUAUGUUCAACUGAUCUGGCCGGCUUGUUAGGAGCUGCAUUUACUCUUUAUUUGAAUUUCCUCUUCCAAUGAUAUAAUAUUUAUGCAUUUUGAUGUGUGACGUUGAUACUUGAUUAUAAUCAUACUUUUAGGCUCGAAAGGAGGAAGCAGAGAAACAAGCAGCCCAGAUCCCCGGCACAGUUCCUACCUCCAGUUACCAGUAUGGUAUUCCCCAGAAUCCCGAAUUCAUUCCUCAAGUCCAGGCAAUUGAUCCAAGUGCAAUCCAACAAUCUCUUCCACCGAAUGUUUACAUGACGCCGGUCUCGUCAAUGCCGAACGUUCUCCCAGCGCAGUACCAGCCAAAUGCGACGGAUGAUGAUUAUGAUGCCUGA